AUGCUAUCUUUCCUAAAUCUUUUUGCCAUUUUAAUUGUCAACCAGUUUGAUACAUUUAUAUCCCUGAUUCCCAAAAUCUUGCACCCAACCAGUUUGAAGAACUAUAGGCCUAUCAGUCUUUGUAGUGUUCUAUACAAAAUCAUUGCUAAAAUCCUUGCAAAUCGUCUGAAAUCUGUCUUGGACAAAUGCAUAAGCAAAACUCAAUCCGCCUUCAUCCCAGAUAGACAGAUCCUUGACAAUGUGAUGAUUGCACAUGAAUAUAUGCAUUACCUCAAAAACAAGAGACAAGGGAACUAUGGAUACAUGGCAAUCAAAUUAGACAUGGCAAAGGCAUAUGAUAGGGUUGAAUGGCACUUUUUGCAGGCUAUGAUGGAAAAAAUGGGUUUCUGCCCAGUAUGGAUCAACUGGAUCACUAGCUGUUUAAAGACUGUAACUUACUCCUUCAAUUGCAAUGGAGAAGCCAAAGGCUUUAUGACUCCAGGAAGAGGUAUACGACAAGGAGACCCUUUGUCUCCUUAUUUAUUCUUAAUCUGCUCUGAAGGACUCUCUAGUUUGCUGAGGAAAGCUGAAGAUAGUAAUAGAAUUCAAGGACUGAAAAUCAGUUGGCAAGGACCUGUACUUACUCAUCUCUUCUUUGCUGAUGACUCCCUCAUCUUCUGGAAAGCUGACAAGCAUCAAGCUACUGAGGUCAUGAAGGUUCUUAAACUCUAUGAAGAGGCCUCAGGCCAACUGAUCAAUCUCGACAAAUCUGCUGUCUUUUUCAGCAGAAACAUGACCAAUGCACAAAGGAAUGAAGUAUGCCAAGCAUUGGGAGGGAUGACUGAAGCAAAGCAAGGGAAAUACUUAGGACUCCCGAUGGUGAUCUCAAGAACCAAAGACCAAAUAUUUGGCUUUGUGCGAGAAAACAUCAAAAGAAGGCUUCAAAAUUGGAAAAGUAAGUUCCUUAGCUCAGCAGGGAACGAGGUAAUGCUAAAGUCAGUAGCUAUGGCCAUGCCAACGUACGUCAUGUCAUGUUUCAAGCUGCCAAGAAAACUCUACAAAGAUAUUAGUGCUCUGAUGGCCAAUUUCUGGUGGGGAGAAACAAAUGGUAGAAACAAAAUGCACUGGAUCUCUUGGGAAAGAAUGGCACGAAAGAGAAAUGAGGGAGGUCUUGGCUUCAAGGACCUUGAAGCUUUCAAUAAAGCACUGUUAGGGAAGCAGAUAUGGAGGAUCCUCACCAAGCCAAACCUUCUUGUGAGCAAGGUGCUAAAAGCUAAAUACUUCCCUAAGGAAUCCAUACUACAAUGUAAUCCCCCCAAAAAUGCCUCCUGGAUCGGGCAAGGCUUAAUGGGAGCAAGAAGUUUGAUGGACAUGGGACUGAUCAGGCGAAUUGGCAAUGGAAGAAAUACACGAAUCUGGGAGCAUAAGUGGAUACCAGAGACAAUCACAGGAAUGCCAAGUACAAGUAAACCAAGCAAUUGUGAGCUGGUAAAAGUGGAUGAGCUCAUUUGCCACAACAGAUGGAACAAGAACACCAUAUUUAGAGUCUUCAACAGAGAUGAUGCUGAGAGGAUCCUAAGUAUCCCUUUAAGUCUGUCAGGGAGGGAAGACAGCUAUUAUUGGCAACCACAGGCAGGAGGGGUGUAUACGGUCAAUUCAGGUUACAAAAUCCAAAUGACGAGCAACAGGAAUGCUAGGAAGAGUAACCCAGAGGUAGCUGGCUCAAGUUAUACAGAGGGGAACCAGCAAGUGUUACAGAUGUGGAACACACUCUGGCAACUCAACAUCAAACACAAAACCAAGCUCUUCAUUUGGAAAUGUAUACAAGGAGCUUUACCAGUGAGAGAAGCAGUGAGUAGAAGAACAAAAGUGGGCGAUCCAAUGUGUAGAACCUGUGGAGAGGCACAGGAAACAAUUGAACACCUUUUGCUAACAUGCCCCCACGCGGUGGACAUCUGGAAGGCAUCACCUAUCCACUGGGACGGGGCUCAGGACCAACAGGGUGAUUUCAGAAGAUGGUGGUUUAGAAUUUCAGAAGCAAGGUCAAGACCAGAAGGGAAGGAACACAUUGGUUUGACAGCAAAUAUUUUGUGGCAAUUGUGGAAAGAUAGAAACAAGAAGGAGUUUGAGAGCUUAACCAGAUCAUCACCUCUGAGAACAGUAGAAAAAGCACAUAAAGAAUGGCUGGAGCAAGUGGAAGUAGAGAGAUCAAAGGAUAAAACGAGUACAGAAGAAACAGCCCACAUGCAUGAUCAACAAAGCCAAGGCAAUGAAGCUCGGGGAACUAUGAUCAUGGACUUGACAACAGCUACAAGGAAAGGACAAAACAAUCUAGGCAUUGGAGUCACAGUUAGGACAACUUCAGGCACGAAAAUUGCAGAUUGGAAGCUCACAGAAAGAAGCCUGGGGAACCAAGAACUAGAUGAGGCACUAGCAUUAAAGCUAGCUUUGUGCAAAGUUGCGCAAUAUCAGUGGAGCAGAAUCAAGCUCAAUUUUGCCAACAAGGCGCUGUUGAGACAACUAACAAAAACACAACCACAGGACAGCAGGAUGGCUACAUUGCUGGAGGAUAUUGUGAAUGUGAAAAGACUGUUUUGCAUGUGCUCCUUUGGUUUGAGUAAGGAAGAAAAUAUGUUAAACAAUAGAAAAUUAAGUGUUGAUGCCUUAGGCAUUAUUGUGGAUGAGGAAAGGAAUGUUCCUCAGUGUCUUUGA